AUCAAGGCAGGCGCAUGCGUAAGAAUGUGAUAAUUUAAACUCAUUGGCGGGUAGAGUUGGUGCAGAAAUAAUUUAGCAAGCAAACCAAGAAGACAGGAAUCGUGAUGGCGAAACAGGGGACACUCGCAGGGAUUACUUUGAAAGGAAGCGCCGAACUUGUAGCUGAGUUUUUUUCCUUUGGUAUCAACAGCAUCCUGUACCAAAGAGGUAUUUACCCACCAGAAACCUUCACAAGAGUUACACAGUACAACUUGAGUAUAUUGGUGACAACAGACUCCAAACUGAAAAGCUACUUGAACAAUGUGGUGGUGCAGCUGAAAGAGUGGUUAUUCAAUUGCACAGUACAAAAGCUGGUGGUGGUGAUCACCUGCAUUGAAACCAAUGAGGUUCUGGAACGGUGGCAGUUUGAUAUUGAGUGCGACAAGAGCGCCAAAGACAGUGCCAACUGUCCAACAGACAAAUCAAUAAAAGCCAUCCAGGAGGAAAUCCGAGGGGUUAUCAGACAAAUAACGGCCUCUGUAACAUUUCUGCCUCUGUUGGAAACUCCUUGUGCUUUUGAUCUACUCAUCUAUACAGACAAAGACUUGGAGGUACCAGAGAAAUGGGAGGAAUCGGGUCCUCAGAUGAUUUCAAACUCUGAGGAAGUGCGCCUCCGCUCCUUUACCACAACAAUCCAUAAAGUCAACAGCAUGGUUGCCUACAAAAGAAUGGAUUCUGUCUAGUGACUUGCAGAUGUCUUCUGUGUUCUGUAUAUAUUGCUUUUUUUUCUACCACUUUUUCUCAACAAUGUUAAACUUUUCCCAUUUAAUUCCUUUCUUUUUUUGUCUAUACUGCUGGGAGUGUACCUUUUUGUUUGUACCAUAGUCAGAUUUCCAUCUUUUACACUUCAUUUUAGAAUGUAGACAUUUCUGUGUUAUCUUGACAUUUUUGUUUUAUCAAUACAUUAACUAAAUUGCAAACAAGUUUAGUGCCUCAUUCCAGUUUCUGCCUGGCAGUUUAAAAGCACAUAACUGAUGUAGUUUUACUGGGUAAUUGUACAUCAACAAAUUGUAUAAUGCCACUGCUGUAAUAAAAUGAUUUAUUUUAGACAAAGGUAAAUACAUAGCUUUAUAAAAUAGUAGUCUGUAGUGAGGAGUGAUGUGUUAUUUGGUAAUAAUGGAAAUCCCUUUUCAUGUAAUUAAGGUGGCCAUAUGAUUUUUACCUGUAUCCGGUACCAUUCUUUCCUUUGAGAAGCAGGACUAUGCUUACCAGAAUGCAUUGGGUUGUGAGUUGAAAAGCCUGAACUGUCCCAAUUUAUAUAUAAUGCCUUUAUUGACUCAUGACUUCCAAUAUUGCCCAUUAACAUGCCCCACUAAUGCCAUCGCUUAAUUGAGAUCUUGGAUUUUCUUCCAUUUAGAGACCAACAGUGUUAAACAUGUUUGUUUUGUCAAGUUAUUUCAUUUCAUUAUAUUUUAGUGUCUGUCAAGUUUUUUUUUUAGAAGAAAUAAACUUAGUGGUUACCUACUGUAGUGACUUUUUUUAAUGUUGUGUGUUUUUAAGAAUUGCUUCACAUGUGACACAAGCAAUGAUACCCUUGACAUGUACAGUAAUUAAUAUGGAUUGGAAACUUGAAUUCUUGAUGUCAAAUCAACCCCAUUAAAAGCUGCUAGUUUGUUCUGUUGGA